UAAAGGCUGUCAAAGAAAGGGUUCCAGCAGCAGAUCAUAGACAAUGUGCUAGGAACAUCUAUGCUAACUUCAAGAAAAGAUUCAAAGGUGAACGAUAUAGCAAGUUGUUUUGGGCAGCAGCUGCUAGUACUACUCAACCUAAAUUUGAGGCAUAAAUGAAUUCCAUAAAAAAAAUUGACCCUUUGGCUUAUGAACACCUCAUGGAAAGGGACCCUAAAUUUUGGUGCAAGGCAUUCUUUGAAGUGGAUAGGGCUUGUGAUGCUUAUGUGAAUGGCAUAUCAAAAAGUUUCAACUAUGUUAUUGAUCUUGCUAGGAAGAGGUCACUCAUCACCAUGUUGGAAGAGAUAAGGAUUUAUGCAAUGGAGAGGAUGUAUAAAAUGUUGCUAGAGGGACAAAGUUGGGGAAAUUUAAAAAUAUGUCCAUCUAUAAGGUUGAAAAUAUCAAAGCUAAAGAAACAACAAAGAUUUUGGGGGGUUAUACCUUAUAGGAUACAACAAUAUGAGGUUAGGAUUGGAAAUGAUGGAUAUGUUGUGGACCUUAACAACAACACAUGUGGAUGUAGAUCUUGGCAAGUAUCAGGUAUCCCAUGUGUGCAUGCAGUGGCAGUCAUUUCAUACCUCAACAGAAAUGCAAGGGAUUAUAUUACACCAUGGUUCCAUACAACCAUGUUCUUGACUUAUUACAACCAUACCAUUAAUCCACUUAAUGGUAGUUCCAUGUGGCCCGAAGUUACCUACAUGAAGCCAUUGCCUCCCAAAAAAAAAAGGUUACCAGGAAGGCCAAUCAUUAAAAGGAAAACGGAUCAAUCUGAGAGGGAAAGCCAAGGGAAAACAAGGCAUACUAUCUCAAAAGCAGGUGCAGUUAUGAGAUGCACCAUUUGUAGAGAAACGAGCCACAAUAGAUCAACAUGUCCUACAAGACCAAAAGAUGCAGCAUCGACUUCACUUCCAAAAAAGAAGAAAGCUAAUAAAUGCAAAAUAGAGAAAGGUACUAUGGAACCAGUUCAAGUAGAUCUGUCACACCCCGACCCGCGGCGGAAAUCGUCGGGGUUGCGACGCAUCAUGGAAGAGGUUGUCAUGGGAUCUAUGUCACUCGAAAAUGGCUUUCAAAUGGGUUGUUAUGAUCUCGAAAAAUGGCAGCAACAGGAAGAUCCAAUUCAAGUGGAAGCUCCUACACAACCAGGUGAUGAUGUUCAAGUAGAUGAACAUGUUCAACAUGUUGAUGUUCAUGUAGAUGAUCAUGUUAAUGAUGUCCCUGCUCAACCUGUUGCAACUGGGAAGAGGACACGAAAAUACUCAGAAAUAAUUACCAAGAUUGGGUUGAGGAGGAAUGUUUUGAAGAAAGAAGGAAGCAUUGAUCACCACCCACUGGUGUUGGAAUGA